AACUGAGCCACCCAGGAGACCCACCAAUAAUUAUUUUUUAUGUGAAAAUUCUAAAACCAAGACAGCUACAAGAACAAUACACAAAUCCUGUCCUUAAAAAAACUUCAGGUCGUUCCCCAGCCUGCAGAAGAACAAACUUCUCAUGCAGGCAUGGGGGGUUGGUGAUGGGGGAUCUCCACAAGAUGGUCUUUUUGGGGUUUUCUCUGCUGAAGCCUGUGCUUCAGCCAUACUGCGCUCCUCUCUCAGCAUCCUUCUAGAAGGUCUGACCUUGAUCAACAAAUUCCCAUCUGGACCUCUUACUAUGGCAAGUCCGAGUAAAAGCCCCAAAAAAAGCAUCCCAGACUUUAUCCCGGUAACUCCUCUCCCACAGCUUUGCAGGCACAUGGGCCAGCCCAAUCCUGCUCGAGAUCUGGGGUUAUGCUUUCCACUGAGCAUUUCCUGACUCCCAUUUUCAAGUUAAUUGGGAGUAGGGACUCUAUCUCUUUCUCUUUGUGUGUACUUGGCAUUUAGGAGGUAGACUGUGGUUGGGUGGGGGUGGGGUUUGGCCUAAUGAAACCAGAAGCAAAAUUCAGUUGAGGACACGGCUCUUGGAGGUGACCUGAUUUGGGGAAAACAGAUAUCACAUGUUAGGUUGCUUUACUCACUCCAUCAAGCCACAGGGACCUAAGACUGGUUUAAGUCACAAACAACCCACAUGCCUUGGAGAUUAUGGUUCAUUAGAUUGUGUUUACCCAAAUAAAGUCGUACUCUGCGAUUUUUUAGACAAUUCUAUAAGCAUCUCCUAAGCAUGCCGUGAGACAUUUAAGAGAUGUGUUACUUCCUUCACAUACAUAAAUAAUUUCCAAUAAAAAUCAGUGUGUGAAUAAUUUAUUUUUUCCAUCCAUUGGAAGCCAACCGUUUAGAAAACCACUCAGAAGAGCUGAAGUAAACCCCUUGUUCAAAAUUCCUUUUAAAUUUACAAGGAAAGAGGAAGUUAUUUCCUUCUCCUUGAAUUUUCCCGAAAAUCGAGAGCUUUAUCUAACAGUUUUGGCAUUCAGAGUCGUUUUUCAUGAAAAAGUUAAAAGGCACGUGAAAUCUGGGUCUCCGCAGACGAUCCAGCAGUGAAAGAUGGACGAUUCUCCUAGGAGGAUUUGUGCGGGAUCCAACUUUUGGGGGUAAAACAAACACAAAAGCUCCUCCCUCGAGGGGCGGGGCGAUGCCCGGGUGACGCACCAAUCAGAGCACGCCCUGCCCUAUAUAAGGCCUGGAGGCCGCGCGGCAUCUUGCGCUGGUCCGUAGUCGCCCUCAGCUUGUCUUCGUGCCAUGUCUGAGAUGGCUCCCGCAGCCACAGCUGACACUGCCUUGGUUUCAAUGGAGAAUCCUCCAGUAAAGAAGAGGGGGAAGAAGCCGGGGGGCCAGCCAGGCGCUAGUCGCAAGGCCCCGAGCCUCUCCGUGUCUAAGCUGAUCACGGAGGCGCUUUCUGUGUCCCAGGAGCGAGCAGGCAUGUCCCUGGCCGCGCUCAAGAAGGCGCUAGCGGCCGCCGGCUACGACGUGGAGAAGAACAACAGCCGCAUCAAGCUGGGCCUCAAGAGCCUGGUGAGCAAGGGCACCCUGGUGCAGACCAAGGGUACCGGCGCCUCGGGCUCCUUCAAGCUCAGCAAGAAGGCACUUCCUGAGCCCACCAAGAGCAAGGUCAAAAGGCCAUCUUCCGCCAAGGCGAAGAAGCUGGUUUUAUCCAAGGAUUCGAAAUCCCCGAAAGGUGCCAAGACCAACAAUAAAGCCAAGAAGCCCAGGGCAACGGCAGCGCAGAAAGCGGCCAGAAGCGGCAGGAAGGCCCUGGGGGCCAAGGGCAAGCAAGCACGAAAGAGCCCGGGGAAGGCCAGAGCAGAGAAGCCGAAGGCCGGGAAGCCCAAGGUGAGCCAGCAGAAAACCAACGCGAGGAAAGUGGCGUCCAAGAAGUAAGCCAAAAGAAGCUCUGUUGUGAACCCAAAGGCUCUUUUAAGAGCCACCCCAAGUACUUAAAAAACGGUGUGACACUGAAAACUUAUAGUAGCAUUUAGUUGUGUAACCGUGUAGUGGUCUGUUAAAUGAACUGUAUUGUAGGAAGUAGGGUCCUGUCAGAGAAGGUACCGAUCUAGAAAGGUUUAUCAGUAUUUGGAAAUCCUGUAUCCUUGUCCAAAAGUAGGUUGCACAGUAGAGUUAAAUAGGGAACAUGGCCUUGUGUAGCCGCCAUUUUUCUCUGGAAAGGCAUAGUAGGUUGAGGUUGAAGCAGAGAUCAGCUUUGCAGGAAUGUAGCGGACUUUCCAAGGGCUUGUAUUCCAGUUGACCUUGUUACAUGGUACUGUUGUAAAUAGGGUUCCAGAACUUACUGUCCACAGCUUUCUGUGGGUCAAUAUAUAGGAAUUGUAACAAGAUUUGGAUUGGAAUUUUAAAUCUUUCUGGAGUUUUUCCAUCUACUUUUUGAAGACUUUGGAGAGGGAGAAACAGGCUCCACGCUGAGUAGGAAGCUGACCUGGGGGCUCCAUCCCAAGACUGAGCCAAAACCAAGAGUCAGAUACUUAACCAACUCAGCCAGUCAGGUGCCCCGGGUUUAACAUUUAAAAAUAGAAAUAUCAAGUACCUUCAGUUUACAGCUGAAAGAAUAUUGAGGGGCACUUGGGUGGCUCAGUGGCUUAAGCCUC